AUGCCGAAGUCGCUACAAAAGAAGCGCAAUAGCAGCUCUAAGGCUGGCGGGCCCUAUGGCUCUGCUGCUGCCAAAGCAAACUCCACUAACAGCAUUUUCCGCAUGAAUACUGACAUCGGCCAGCAUGUUUUAAAGAACCCUGGUGUUGCUCAAGCUAUUGUUGACAAAGCUGAUUUAAAACAAAGUGAUGUUGUCCUAGAAGUUGGCCCAGGCUCCGGAAAUCUUACGGUCAAAAUUUUAGAGAAAGCCAAGAAGGUCAUCGCGGUGGAAUUGGACCCUAGAAUGGCAGCUGAGGUUACAAAGCGUGUUCAGGGUACACCCGAACAAAAACGGCUCGAGGUUUUACUUGGGGAUGUGAUGAAAACGGAUCUACCAUACUUUGACGUUUGCAUUAGCAACACCCCGUAUCAGAUUUCCUCACCCCUUACUUUUAAACUUCUUGCAACUAUGCCUGCGCCUCGGGUUUGUAUUCUCAUGUUCCAACGAGAAUUCGCCAUGCGCCUCUUCGCAAAGCCUGGGGAUAAGCUCUAUAGUCGGCUGUCUGUCAACGCACAAAUGUGGGCAAAAAUUGAUCAUAUUAUGAAAGUAGGCAAAAACAAUUUCAAACCACCCCCGGCAGUUGAAUCUAGCGUUGUCCGUAUUGUUCCAAAAAACCCCCGACCUGACAUCAGCUACGAUGAGUGGGAUGGCUUGCUGCGAAUCGCGUUCGUGAGGAAAAAUAAAACACUGCGAUCAAGCUUUCUCGGGACGACAAGCGUUAUGAACUUGUUAGAGAGUAAUUAUCGGACUUGGUGCGCGCAAAACGAGAUCCCCCUUGAGGCCAGCUGCGAGGAUGAUGUGGAAGACGACGUGAUGAGUGUCGAAAAUGUUGAUGCCAGAUCAGAACCGGACGAUACUAUGGAUGUUGACGAUGAUAUUCCUAACUUUUUCAAAGAUCAAUCAGACCCCGUGCGGCAGGCUGCGUCAUCCAAGUUGGCACCUCACAAAAAACGUAGUAGAGUAGCGAAGUUGGUUCGCGAAAAAGUUAGCCAAGUUCUCGAAAGCGACACGGGACUCGCGGAUAAACGAGCUAGAAUGUGCGACGAAGGCGACUUUUUGAAAUUGUUAUGGUCAUUCAACCAAAGAGGGAUUCAUUUCAGUUGA